AACAUAGCCUAAUCGCAACACAUCAAUCACUGUCAAUAUGGAAAUCUCACCCAGUGUCUUAGAGUUUUCCGGCUCCUUUACCCAACCAACCACGGAGUAUCUCUCCUUGACAAACACUUCAGACACACCUCUUGCCUACAAGGUCAAGACAACUGCUCCAAAAUUGUACUGUGUCCGUCCUAAUGCCAGUAUCAUUGAACCUGGUGCCACCGUCAAGAUCUCCAUUAUCCUCCAAGGGUUCUCUCAACCAUUACCUGAAGAUUACAAGUGUAAGGAUAAGUUCCUUCUUGUUACCUUGCCAUGUCCAGAAUUGGUCGAUGCCACCAAGGUAUCUGACCACUGGAGUUCUUUAGAGGCUCAAUUUAAGAGCAAAAUGGUUUCCAAGAAGUUGCGUGUGAACUAUGUUAUUGGUGAAGCUUCUUCUUCCUCCUCUGGUGCUGCUGCUGGUGCCGCUGUCCCUCAAGGUACCCCACUCAAGAACUCCACCAAUGCCUCUGAUGUCUCUGAAUCUGCUGCUGCUGCUUCUGGUAUUGUUGCUGCCGCUCAAAUCGAGAAGUCUCAACCAACUUCUGACUUGCAAAAGGAUUUGGAUGAAUCUGUCUCCAAGAUCAACGAUUUGUCUGAGAAAUUAGACACCAACGCCUCUUCUACUUCUUCUACUACCACAGCCACCACCACUUCCACCGACGCUCCAGUUAGUGGAUUCUCCCUCCCAUUUGCAGUUAUCCUUAUUCUCAUUGCCUUCAUUUUGGGAUGGUUGCUUCUCUAAGUGUUUAACGGGAGAUGUUGGAGAAACGGAGAAGGGCGGUUUUAAUUUUGGGGCAGGCUCUAUAUGGCAUGCCCUACCGAUUCUAUCUUCCUCCCAUCACAUUUUCUCUGCCUUUCUGUUUUUAAAGCUUUGAGCUUUAUAUUUAUAGUCGGGGUUAGUCAAGGGGAACAACUUUAUUUUUGUCGAAUGUUAUUACUUUUUUUUUG